AUGCGCACACCUUCGACAAUACCGUUUUCUGAAUUCAUACGAAAAAUCUCCCAUGUACCCACCGAUGAGAUACCUCGCAAUAAAAUACGAACUUUGAUGAUACACAACGGUCUGCGUUGUGAAAAUAUUCACUCUGCCACGCUUCCACAAAGAUGGACAUUAUCAUUAAUAAAAGCUGUUUUAAUCGUAACACUUUCGACGAGUUUUGUCAUGGGUGUCAAUAUUGGUGGGCCGAAUGUUUAUAACUCCUUCAUUGUACCAUGGACAAGAGGAUACCCGUUCCCCUGCCAGAAAGAUGACGAAACAGCACAAUGGAUUGCACAGGUUUGGUGGAAAUGUGAUUAUAAGAAAACGUUGCUGUUCAACAAAACCGGAUAUUAUUAUUUACCGACGACACCAAUGGAUAAACAGGUUUGGGAACGAUUUACCGAUGCUAUUCAUACGAUUUGUUUCGUUUCUGGCGGAACUGUUGGAGGCUUUACUGCAAAGUACUGGUAUAAGUAUUUAACACGACGGAAUGCUAUUGUUCCAUGUAUGAUCUAUCAGUUGAUAGCAUCAAUUCUAAUGAUUAUUCCAUUGUACAUUUACCAUGGAUAUACAAGAGGGGACCCAGAUCGAAAAACGAUACGUGAAACAUUCGAAUACAAAGAAAUCGCCAUUGCUUUGUUCUAUAUAUCCCGUUUUCUUUCUGGACUCUCAGCUGGUAUGUCCUGUGUCGUAACCACAAUUUAUUUGAUGGAUAUCAGUCCAAGAACUAUGCGAGGUAACAUUAUGACAUUUCAUCAACUAUUCAUUGUUGUCGGCGUUCUUGUGGGGCAAAUCAUUGGUGUACCAUGGCUUUUCGGUCAACAUGACAAAUGGAAUUGGGGUAUGGCUUGGGUUGGACUAUUUUCUUUAGCAGGAUGUUUUCUUAUUUGGACUUUACCUGAAAGUCCACGAUGGCUUGUUCAAGAACGUGAACGAAAUGAAGCAGCUGUAUCACUUCGUCAUCUUCGACGGAGUAAUUUAAUCGAAGCUGAACUCGAAGAAAUCGAACGGCAAGAAGCUAGUGUUACUACGCAAGAUCUCUCAUUUUACACAAUGUGUAGCUCAACUCGUUUUCGUUGGCCAUUAAUAACUAGCAUAGCUUUGAAUGCCAUUCAACAACUGUCCGGUAUUAAUACGAUAUUCUUCUACUCACACGAGAUAUUAUCAGCACUUGGUUUUGUCAAAGAUAGAUUUUAUUGGAGUGUCAUCUCAACUGGCUUAAUUAAUUUAGUAGCUACCGUUGUCACAUUAAAAUUAGUAGAAUCAAUCGGUCGUCGUCCGUUGAUUCUUUGUUCACUUGGUAUCAUUACUUUCAUUAUGGUCUUGCUUUGUAUUUUUAUACAAACUUAUCUAUCAAUCGCCGCACUGAUAUUAAUGCUAAUCUUUAUUGCUGUAUUUGCAUUGGGACUUGGACCUAUUGCCUUUGUGUAUCCCAACGAAGUUUUUACGAUUGAUAUGCGUCCAGCGGCGUUGUCAAUUUCCAUUUCUGCGAAUUGGUUGUGCAACACUUUAGUCACCAUUUUCUUUCCUGUACUAAGUUCCAUUUUUCAAGGCUAUGUUUUUCUUAUUUUUUGUUUUUGGUGUUUACUGGCAUUUGUUCUAUUGUGGUAUAAGAUGCCUGAAACCAAGCGCAAGAAACUUUCGCAAAUUCAAGCAUUUUGGUGA